AAGGGUGUCCAUUACGGCACUCGCCUGUCUGACUAACAGACACACGGAGGCCAGCGAGAAUCGUGAUUGCUUUGUUGUUAACUCGAAGUUUAACGUACUUAAAUCAAGAUUUAACCCACGACUGCCCUUUUUGAAGUAUGAAGCGCUGCUAAGGCAGACAACAUGAAGAUGAUUUCAUGAAGCUGACUACCUUGCGGAACCAAACGUGGAUGCAAUUCAUGCAAGAUUGGACAAAUAACCAACCAUUGUUGACCAAACAGCUUGACAAUAAUAGAGGGAAAAGAUAGGUAAGGUGGAGUUGUUGCUGUUGAAGUUUUAAUUUAUUGAUCAGACGUGGAGUGUCGCCUCCUGCUGCGUUUUACGCCUCCCAACGUCAUCACAUGGACCAAAAGAAACUCCUUCAACCAAUCAAAAGGCCUCGGCUAGAAGCACCGACAAGCAUGUACCAAGUGUCUAUUCGAGGGCCCAUACCUAAUGGCCCGAUGCAACCCCGGCCGCUCAUAGCUCUCCUUGACGGUCGGGACUGUUCUGUGGAGAUGCCAAUACUUAAAGAUGUGGCCACAGUAGCAUUCUGUGAUGCUCAGUCUACACAAGAAAUACAUGAAAAAGUCUUGAAUGAGGCAGUAGGGGCCCUUAUGUGGCAUACGAUCACAUUGUCAAAAGAGGACCUGGAAAAAUUCAAAAGUUUACGGGUCAUUGUGAGAAUAGGCAGUGGAUACGACAAUCUCGAUGUCAAGGCCGCUGGAGACUUUGGUAUAGCCGUUUGUAAUGUUCCUGGUUAUGGUGUAGAAGAGGUUGCAGAUUCUACAGUGUGUCUAAUUUUGAACUUGUAUCGGCGGACAUAUUGGUUGGCUAACCAGGUUAAGGAGGGUAAGAAAAUCAGUGGACCAGAACAGUUAAGAGAGGCGGCACAGGGCUCCGCCAGAAUCAGAGGGGAUACACUCGGCAUUGUGGGUUUAGGUCGAGUAGGCACAGCAGUGGCUCUUCGUGCUAAAGUUUUUGGAUUUAAUGUAAUAUUCUAUGAUCCUUACCUUCAUGACGGAGUAGAAAAAUCAUUAGGUAUAACGCGAGUGUACACUUUACAGGACCUACUGUUUCAAAGCGACUGUGUGAGCUUACAUUGCAACCUUAACGAACACAACACUCACCUCAUUAAUGAUUUCACUAUCAAACAGAUGCGGCCAGGAGCUUUUCUUAUCAACACUGCUAGAGGAGGUCUCGUCGAUGAGCAUGCACUGGCAGCAGCAUUAAAGGAUGGAAGGAUACGAGCAGCAGCAUUAGAUGUCCACGAAAAUGAACCUUUCAGCCUAUCCACCAGUCCUCUCAAAGAUUGUCCUAAUCUGAUUUGUACUCCACACUCGGCAUUCUACAGUGAACAAAGUGUUACAGAACUGCGAGAAAUGGCUGCCACAGAAAUUAGACGGGCAAUUGUUGGCCGAAUUCCAGAUGGUCUACGCAAUUGUGUAAAUAAGGAAUACUUCACAACAGGUAGUGUUCGCCCUCCAUACGCCUUCCCAGGUUACCCAGAAGGAAUGAACGGUGCUGGCUAUCCAUUCCCUAAUCCAGCGGCUGCGGCGGCCGUGGCAGCCUUGGGUGGGGUACACUCCACCACGAUGGACCAGCACCCAGCAGUAUCCCACUCCACGCCUCACUCCACCCCUCACAGUACCCUCUCCGACUCCUCCAUUCAUAACAUGGCCAAACCGGAGAACUCUGAGGUUCACUAGUGCUACCCUGCCUCAAUUAUCACCCGAUUUGUACAAUGGACUAGAGAUGAGGGCCGAUAAGUGGAAGAA